CGUUUCCUAUUCCGUUUAUAAGAAGGCCAAAUAUGUUGAAAGUUCAUAUACGUAAUGACUUCGCAGGAUUACUUAAAUAUUUAGAAUAUCUGUAGAAAUGAAAUCGUUCACAUUUUAUAUAUUUUAUAAUAUUUUAACGAAAAUAUUUGCCUUUAAUAUCGAAUCUAGAUUUCCAUUAAUUUUUCAUGGCAGCGAAGAUAGUUAUUUCGGCUAUUCAGUAGCACUUCACGAAAAUAGUCAAGGAAAAAUGGCUUUAAUAACGGCGACUAAAGCAAACUCUACUUUAGUGGAAAGACAAAAGUUACACGAACCUGGAGUUUUAUAUAAAUGUAACAUCAGUUCAUCAGAAUGCCAAGAAAUCCUUUUAAACAAACUAGCCAAUGAAAAUUCUCAAGACAAUUCAAUUAGGUAUCACGCUAAAGAAGAUGAGAUGUGGUUGGGUGUAAGCCUUGAUAUUCAACCGACCGAGGGAAAUAUUGUAACUUGUGGCCAUCUUUGGAAAAAUCAACUUUACAAAACUCAUUACUUAACUAACGGAAUUUGUUAUUUGAUCGAUAAAGAUAUGAGGAAAAAGCAUAAAAAGAAAGUAUUACCUUUUAUAGCAAAAGACAGGCAGAGUUUAGACUCAGGAGCAUAUUAUUACGCUUUUGCUCAAGGAGGAAUGUCAGCAGCUUUUAGCGAGGAUGGUAAAAACUUAUUAAUAGGAUCACCAGGAUUUUACGACUGGAUAGGCACAGUCAUAAAUUAUUUAAUUCCUGAAAAUUAUGAAAAUUUAUUGCCACCAAUUGUUCCGAAUCCACCAAAAGGAGAGCAAACAACCGACUCUUAUAUAGGUUAUUCGGUAACAAGUGGAAAAUUUUUUGAACUAGGAGAAUUGCAGUUUGUAAGUGGAGCACCGAGAGAUGGGCAAUAUAAAGGGCGUAUUUAUAUAUUUGAAAAGUUGGAUAUGAAAAAUCGUAAUAUAAUUGUGCUACAAACAAACGAUGGAGAACAAGUUGGAUCAUAUUUUGGUGCAUCUGUAUUGGGCAUAAAUGUAAAUAAUGACAAAUAUACAGAUCUGUUAGUGGGUGCUCCAUUAUACUCCUAUCCUUCUGGGGGUGACGAAGGAAAAGUAUAUGUGUAUAUUAGUAACGGAAAGGGAUUAGAUGAAACUCAGGCUCUAACGGGUUCUAAAAAGUUUUAUGGUAGAUUUGGCACAGCUAUAGCUAAUGCUGGAGAUUUGAAUCAAGAUGGAUUCUUAGAUGUUGUCAUCGGAGCACCAUACGAAGAAGAGAGAGGUGCUGUGUAUAUCUAUCAUGGAAAUAACAUGGGAAUUAAUUCCGAAUUUUCUCAAAGAAUUACGGCAAAAGAAGUGAAUGCUGCCAUUAAAAGUUCACACUUAUCAGGAUUUGGUAUUUCUAUUUCUAAAGGAAAAGAUAUUGAUGAUAAUAAAUAUCCAGAUAUUCUAGUUGGAUCGUAUCAAUCUGACAAUGCUGCACUCUUUAGAACUCGCCCCAUUGUUCGAAUAUCUGCCAUUAUAACGUUUAAACCGACUCAAAUAAACACAAAUUCAUCAUUUUGCGAAGAUAGCGGCGAAUCGAUACCAUGCUUCAUCAUAUCGUAUUGUUUAAAUUAUACUGGAAAUCACGUGCCUUUAACUCUAAAUGUAUCAACGGAAUUACGUUCUAUGCGUCAAAGAGAAGAAUUAAAGUUCCGAAGAUAUCUUUUAUAUAAAAACAGAUUAUCGUGGAAUCUUCUGGAAACAGUUAAAAUUGAGAAAGAUAAACAAAAAUGCUUCUCUCAGACAGCUUUCGUAAAGGAAGAUAAAGAUGAUUUUAUUACUCCAAUCAAUAUAAAUCUAAGAUUUCGGCUAACAUACAAUGUUUCUAGCGAAACUUCUUUCUGCGAAACCUGCCCUAUUUUGGAUUCAAGUAGUAUUAAUAUUAUUAAUAAAAUAAUCACUUUUCAAACUGGUUGCAGAGAAAGUGACACUUGCAUCUCUGAUUUAGUUGUAAAUGCAACAGUGCUGGACGAAUUCGGUCCCGAAGGUUUAAUACUUGGAAAACAUACAAUCAUUACUUUAUCUGUAGAAGUUUGGAAUCUUAACGAGCCAGCAUACAUGACUGAACUUCAGAUCAUUCUUCCAGAUCAAAUUAAAAUCAUUAACCAAGACAGCUGUAGCCCAGAUGAUGAGCAUAAAGAUAAAAUUUUACUAUGCAAUGUAGGAAACCCAUUAAAGCAAGACCAAAUCGCUAGAUAUAUAAUUAAGCUGGAUGUCUCACAAAUUCCAAAUGAUGUAGACGAAUUAGUAUUUACAUUUACCGCAACUACUGCCAGCGAGGAAGAACAUCCUGAAAAUAACAAUGCCACCAUUGUUCUACCAUUGAAAAUAUCGGCGGAUAUCACUAUUAUAGGGAAUGCAGGAAGAGAACAAAUUCUUUUGGGUAAAGAGCAAGAUAAAUUGGAGAUUGUACCUUUUGAUCACUAUUAUACAGUUCUGAAAUACUUGCCAAGUACAGUAAAUUCAGUAUCCAUACAGCUUUACAUUCCUACGACUUUUCAUGAUAAGAACGUCACAUUUCUACAAUUAACCAGUAUUCUUAUCAACGAAGGAAAAUUGGACGCAGUUCCCGCUAGUUGCAAUGUUACUCAAAUCAAUUUAAAACCCGAAGAAGUGGAUUACGAGAAAAAAGAGACUACGCAUUUAAUUCUAGAGAGUGAAACUGCAAAUACAACUCAAAUUUUGCCAUCCAGAAAAAAGAGAAGCGUAGAUAAGAAUAAUUAUGGCGUAGCGGAAUCGCUGACUAGUGCAAGGAGUGAUCUUUAUAUUAAUUAUGCUCUGAAUUGUACGACUUCCAUUUGCGAGGAAAUUGUAUGCGCUGCUGGUCCUUUUACUAAUAAGAAGAGAAGCGCAACUUUUCACAUCAAAGGAUUUAUUUAUUUUGCACUAUUGCGAAACAAUUUAAAACAAUGGGAUAAUAUCACGAUACAGUCAGAAGGUAAAGUACAGAUACAAGAUGAAAAACGAGAUGUCCAACCUAAAAAACAUCAACCGGAUGAAGCUAAAGUAGCAACGAUAUUAGUUCAGUCUGAACCAUUACCAGCUAAAAAGCUACCCACUUGGAUUAUAGCAGUUAGUGUUGGUGUAGGAAUUUUGGUGUUUUUGAUCAUUUUACUAGGACUUAUAAAGUUUGGAUUUUUUAAAAGAAAAAAGAAAGAUGAAUUAGAAAAGAUGACAACGCAAGCAAUGUUGCAAGAAUGGGAACCUUAUCUCGUUUCCGAUGAAGAAGUACAAAAAACUGCAGAAGCUUUUAUGAAAAAUAUGAAAAAUCAAAAUGAAAACGUCGAUAGUACAUAAGAAUAUAUGUAUAAAUAAUUAUUUUAUAUAUUUUGACGUCCGUGAUGUUUUAAAUCAUUUUUAUCAAUCAAUAGAAUCAUAAAAAUGUAAUCAUUCUUCUAAAUUAUUUAAAACAAUACUGGUAUUCUGAUUAUACUGGUUAUUCUCAAUAUUUCCGACUAUUGUUUUUGUAUAACUCAAAAUGUAAAUAAACGUCACAUAGUA